UCCUUUGUAACUCGUCGUGUGUCUGUGUGUGUGUGACGUGGUCGAUCAAAAUCCGCGCCUCGCGCGUGACACUUCGUCGUCGUCGUUGUCGUGACACUGUGCCGCCACUGGCGUGGUUUAGUGCUAGAACGGAAGCCGCCGCGAAGACGUUGCGUUGAAAGUGAAGUGAAUUUCGUGAAGUGAAGUUUCGUCAACGGCGUGCAGUGGAAUCGAUCAUCAUUCGUCACAUCACUCUAGGAGGCAAUCGGGAACGAACGAAGAAGGACAGUUGGAAUUCUGGCGGCAAGAUGGGAGCGCUGCAGCGCCGCACCACCGAUGUUGCGAUCGCGUAUCUCACGAUCAUGCUGCCGCUCGUGCUGAUAGUGACGGUAGCGGUGACCUUCGCCCAGGAUGCUGCCUCGUUGUCACGGCCGUUCAAUGAUGGAUCGUUCAAGCUGACCACCAGGACCAGCUUCUCCUGUGUGGGACGGGGUGCCGGGUACUACGCGGACGUCGAAACCGGCUGCCAGAUCUAUCACAUGUGCGAUGGCCUGGGGCGACAGUUCAGCUACGCAUGUCCCAACACGACGCUCUUCCAACAGCGAAUGCUCAUCUGCGACCACUGGUACAUGGUGAACUGUUCCAAGGCGGAGAGCAACUACGCCGCCAACCUGUUGAUCGGUCAACGUGACAAACCGUUCGUGCCGGAGGAGGAAAACGAAAUUCGCACCCCGAGACCGGACCUACUGGAUCGGCCGGAUGCACUCGACUUUGGUGGUCCAUCGCUCAAGAACUUCUUUAAGUCCAAUGCACCGGCACUGCAGAAUGCAAUCUUCGAUGCUCAGGCUCGUAACCGACCAGGAGCCAUCGCUGCCAGCAGCACCGGAAAGGCGGCCAGCACCAAGAAGUCAUCGAAUGCUGAGAUCUUCCAGGAGAGUGCCAGCAACCAUGGGUUGCCAAUCCACUGGGGAACACGGUUCGCUGAUGAGACCCCGGAUCGACGAAACUCGAACAGUACGACCACGGAACGCGCGGAACAGGAAGCGACCCGUACCGAUAACAAGCGGGAUGAGGAAAAGAAUGAAUCUCGCAAUACGGUGAGCAUAGCGGUUACUGCCGCGAGUCCGUCGCAGCUUCCGAGGACGACGAGCAGUCCGGUUAGACCAUCGGUGAAGGUACCAUCGCGUCGCUAUGAACCACCUUUUCUACCGGAGGAACUGUCACGUCGUCAGGGCUCGUCUGUGGAGUCUGAUUUGAAUACUAUUCCAACGACACAGCCACGUUUCAAUGGUGGCGCAGGUAUCACUACGACAACCACUGUACGGCCGCAGGUGCCAAACACCAGAUUCAGUACAACACGAGCACCGCCGACUACGAUUACAACGACGACGACCAGGGCACCGAUACGUCCUAGCCAGUUCACCAUCGGACCGCAAACAAAGCAACCGGUCAUCGGCAAUCGAGUACCGGCCGGUCAGCAGGCUUUGCCUCGUAUCCAACCAUCGGCACAAUUCGUUCCCACUUCAACCAUCAACCAAGGAACCAAAGGCGGUAGCAGUAGCGUCCCAUCCUCGGCGGAUCCUCGUCAGUCCAGUUUGGCCGCUUCGCCAAUCCUCUUCAAUCCACCGGCAGCAACGGCUGGUCUGUUCGAGAAGCGGGCCCCAAUCGUACCGCUCGGUGUACGGCCGGAUCGUGUACCCGUCCCAUCGCGCGAUUUGCUUCCACCGUUCGAGAACAUUGCCAACUUUGAUCAGAUCAAAACACGGUACACCAGCGAAUCGAUCUACACUCGACCAUCGAUAACGAACGAACCAUCGGCUGGACCGGUGAAGACGGCCAUUGACAAGCUGGCGGAUGCGGUACCGAGUCGCAUUCCAUCGCCAUCGGUGAACGUCGGCGCUGCGGAUAAAAUUCCAAGGCCCUUCAGUGUUCCGGCGCCAGCGAACGAUCUGUUGCCACCGCACAAGGAGUACGUGUUCUACGAUGAUGCCACGACACAGGGACCACCGAUCUACUAUCAGUGGAAAUGGUCCGUUCCUUCGUUCGGUCUCGAUCCACCCGGAUUGGAGGCGCCACCACCGCCACCACCAGCAUCAGCGUCAUCAUCAGCAGCAGUUGAAGUCUCUGGAUCCGCUCCGCUAGUACCAACAUCCGAUGUGGAUGCCUCGGCAGCAACAUCGAUCCCGGUUGAAGUGAAACUGGACGACACGGAACGGUUAAUCGAACAGCUAAAUCCGGCCACACAGCAGGACCACGACGGUGAACCAGGGUCAACGAGACGUGGUGCCAGCCGGGAUCACAAUCAAUCCGCACGCUCGAUCUCCUCGGAGACGGGUAACUUGGGCGAGAACCGGGUGGUGGAGAUUGAACCGAAGCGAGUGGUGCAGUUACCGCAGCACAACUACCUUGCCCUGAGGCAACAGUUUGCGAUACCGGACUUUAUCUUCCCGCUCGAUGGAGCCGCCAAGGGUGGUCAGUAUGGGCAGGUGGAAGCGGUCGACUCGUUUCAGGUGCACAUUCCCAGCGAUGCGGCACCGAGGACGAUCGACGCGGUGAAGGGACGAUCGUGGUACGGCGAAAAUGCCCGGUGUCCCGAGUGUCAUCCCGGAUUUCUGCGACCCGGUAGUUGCGAACCGUGUGUGAAGGUGCGUCGAUGAAACGAUGUCACGACCUUAGACUCCUUCACAAACAUACACACUGUAGCAAGAUAAUGCACUCAUCACACCCUCCCUCAGUCCCUCAUCCCGCGCCUUCUGACCGCGCUAUCAUCUUCAUCGAAACCAUACACCCCCGAUCCAGGGAUGACCGGAUCCGCAUUUUGCCGUCGCACCCUCGUCUCAUUCUCAUGCGCAGACACCGUUGUGCCGAUGUAAAUACACGACUUUGUACUUAAACAUGCUAAAUAAACUCAUUUCCGUAUGUCGAUUUCAUGGGCGGCAUAGCAUAUAUG